UCGAGCGCACACAGAGAAGGAUUCGCGUGUCCUGCAGGUCCAGAGUGGUACUUGGUCAGUGUGGAGUUGACUGUGACGGAUGUAAAUGACAAUAUCCCAGAAUGGUGCAUGGUUCCUGCUCCCUACCUGGCUGUGGUUUCCCCUGAUGCCCUUGCGGGCGAGCUGGUCUACGGGCUCCACGCUGAGGACGGGGAUGAAGGCAACAACGGCGAAGUGGAGUACUUCCUGUCUGACGGUGGCGAUGGCCGUUUUGAAGUGGACAGGAAGAACGGGCAGGUCAGAACGACAGGCCUUCCCCUGCAGCGAGACAGGGAGUACCUGCUGACGGUGGUGGCUGCCGACCGGCUGGGCAGCCGCAGCCCUGUGGUUGUCUCGGUGGUGGCCGGAGCUCGGCCGCCACAGUUCGCCAACGCUUCCUUCACCAUCGCCAUACCGGAAAACACGCCUGAAGGACAGCCCUUCUUGGUCACGCCUGCUGUGUCCUUCCAGAAGAAACCAAUCAGCUACAGCCUUCUCAUCAAUCCCAGCAGCCUCUUCUCCAUCUCAACAGAGACUGGUGAAAUCAGCCUGACCCGCCCCAUUGACUACGAGAGCGACCAGCAUCGCUACUUGCUGCUGGUGCGAGCCAGCGAGGGCCUGGAGAGCAUGAGCAGUGCAGCGGAGGUGCGAGUUGUUAUUGUCGAUGAAAACGACUGCGUUCCCGAGUUCCUGCAGUCCAUUUACAGCAAGGAUGGCGUUCCGGAGACUGUGACAACAGCCACAUCCCUGCUGCAAGUGUCCGCCAAUGACUGUGACUCUGAAGAGAAUGCAGAGCUGACCUAUUACACCCUGAGUCCAGACUUCAUCAUUUCCCCACACGGGACCAUCUUCCCUGCAGGGCCUCUGGACUUCGAGAGGCCCAACCACCUGUACGAGUUCGUAGUGAUGGCAGUUGACAAGGGGGAGGUCCCUCGCACUGGCACAACCACAGUACGGAUUCGAAUGGCCAACGUCAACGAUGAGGCGCCUGAGUUCUCCCAGCAUAUAUAUCGGACUUUCGUCUCAGAGGAUGCGGGCCCCAACACACUUGUGGCCACGGUGCUGGCGAAAGACCCCGACGGGGACGGGAUCACGUAUAAGAUCACCACAGGAAACGAGGAGGGCAACUUCAUCAUUGACAGCCAAAAAGGUUUGAUCCGUCUGCGCUCCAGCCCGCCCCCUCACCUCCAGGGCGUGGAAUACGUCCUCAAUGUAACAGCGACGGACGACAACGCCUCAGGCGGACCUCAGGCCUUGUCGUCCACGGCCCAGGUCAUAGUGGGGGUGGACGACGUGAAUAACAACAAGCCUGUCUUUGAGAAGUGUCAGCAGUACCGAGAGAGCACGUCAGUCCUGGAGAACCAGCCAGCGGGGACGUUCGUUCUGCAGGUUCACGCCGUGGAUGCUGACGAGGGCACCAAUGGCAGGGUCACAUACGGCUUCAUGCACAAAGACUCCACUGUGCCCGCAUUCAGUAUCCACCCAGACACCGGAGUAAUUGUGACAGCCAGGAAAUUUGAUCGUGAACGCCAACGGGAGUAUGCAGUGACAGUGACUGCCACCGACCAGGCGGCUGACCCGCUGAUUGGCAUUUGUCAGCUCAACAUCCUGAUCCUGGACCAGAACGACAACAGUCCCAAGUUUGAGAACAUCCGAUAUGAGUACUUCCUCCGUGAGGAUACAAUGAUCGGGACCAGUUUCUUGCGGGUGGCGGCUCACGACGAUGACUUUGGCACCAACGCAGCCAUCAUGUACUCCAUGUCCAGUGAACAGCCGGAGUAUCUCAGGGUCAACCCCCUGACCGGCUGGGUGUUUGUCAACCAGCCCAUUUCUCAGAGGACCUACAUCACCAGGGAAAUCGUGGCCACUGACGGUGGGAACAGGAGCAGUUCGGUGGAGCUGGCGGUCACCAUCACUAACGUGAAGAACCAGCCUCCACAGUGGGACAAAGACAGCUACAGCAUGGUCAUACCAGAAAACACCGUCCGAGACACACCCAUCGUGAACAUCAAAGCCACCUCCCCUCUGGGGGACCCCAGGGUGACCUACAACCUGGAGGACGGCAUGGUCCCCGAGACCAACAUGCCAGUCCGCUUCUACUUGACCCCCAACCGAGAGGACGGUUCUGCCUCCAUCCUUGUGGCGGAGCCCCUGGACUACGAGACCACCAGGAACUUCAUGCUGCGGGUUCGAGCUCAGAAUGUUGCCGCUGUACCAUUGGCGGCCUUCACCACGGUUUAUAUCAAUGUCACAGAUGUAAAUGACAACGUCCCAUUUUUCACUUCCUCCAUCUACGAGGCGUCAGUCACUGAAGGGGCAGAAACUGGAACUUUGGUUUUCCAGGUUUCAGCCAAUGAUCUCGACUUGGGUCUCAAUGGCAAGAUCUCCUACUCCCUGCUGGAGGAUCGCAGUGGAGACCACCAGUACUUCCGUAUUGAUCCAGAGCUGGGGUUCAUCUACUCGGAGACUGUGUUUGACCGUGAGACCAAGAGCUCCUACCUUUUGGAGGUUCAGUCUGUGGAUGGCUGGGAGUCGGCACGACCCGGCAAACAUGGACAGCCCAACUCUGACACAGCAUAUGUUCGCGUUUUCAUCAGCGAUGUGAACGACAACAAGCCAGUGUUUGCACAGACGACCUAUAAAGUAGAUGUUGAUGAGGACGCUGACGUGGGCUUCGCCAUUCUCACUGUCAGUGCCAACGAUGGAGAUGAAGGUGGAAACGCCAAGCUGCGCUACCAGAUCACAUCCGGGAACACGGGAGGGGUGUUUGAUGUGGAACCCGAGGUGGGCACUAUCUUUAUCGCCCAGCCUUUGGACUACGAACAGAACAAAAGGUACAAGCUUCAUGUCCUGGCUUCAGAUGGGAAGUGGGAGGACUACACAACAGUGAAUGUGAACGUGGUUAACAAGAAUGACGAGGCUCCGGUGUUCACCGUUAACGAGUACUACGGCAGUGUAACGGAGGAGCUGGAUGGCUCUCCGGUGUUUGUGUUACAGGUAACGGCGUCAGACCCCGAUAAGGAUGCUGACCAGGAGGCCCUGCGGUACUCCCUUCACGGCCAGGGUGCAGAAAGUGAGUUCAUAAUUGAUGAAGUCACAGGCAAGAUCUACGCCCAGCGGACCCUGGACCGCGAGGAGCGCGCUGUGUGGCGCUUCGUCGUCUUGGCCACGGGAGGGGGCGAAGGUCUGACGGGCUUCACCGACAUCAUCAUCAAUGUGUGGGACAUCAAUGACAAUGCUCCCAUCUUCACCUGUGCUCCCAGCUGCCACGGAGAUGUGGCCGAGAACUCGGUAGUGGGGACGUCUGUGAUGGAGAUGACGGCCACCGACCUGGACGACUCGGCUGUGGGGCAGAACGCCGUGCUCUCCUACAGGAUUAUGGGUAGUUUAGACGCCACUAACAUCGAGGUGGGAGGAGUGCCUACCUUCUCGGAAAUGUUCACUAUCAACCCCACCACAGGGACCAUCUCUGUGGCCAUGGGCGGUCUGGACAGGGAGCAGGUUGAGUCCUACCUCCUGGUUGUGGAGGCCAGAGAUGGCGGAGGGAUGACAGGAACUGGAACUGCUACCAUACAAAUUAAGGAUGUGAACGAUCAUGCCCCGAGAUUCACUGAUCACUCCUGCCUGGCAAGGAUCUCUGAGAAUGCAGAGCCCAAUGCAGAGGUCCUGGAGCUCACGGCAGAAGACAGAGACACUGGAGAAAAUGCCCAGCUGACCUUUAGUGUUGUGGCUGGAGACCAAGAGCAGAAGUUCUACAUGGUCAGUCACAAGCAGGAGCAGCGCGGCACCCUGAGGCUUAAGAAGCGUCUGGACUAUGAACGACACAGCGAGCAAAGGUUCAACCUCACACUGAAGGUUGAAGACCUGGACUUCUCCAGCCUUCUGCACUGCGUGGUGGAGGUGGAGGACUAUAACGACCAUGCUCCUGUCUUCAUCCCGCACCUCCUGGCUCUCGCCCCACUACCUGAGGACAUCAACGUGGGAACCAGUGUGGCACGUUUGUUGGCCAGCGACUCCGAUUCAGGCCAGAACCGCGACAUCACCUAUAGCCUAUCGGAGGACUCUGAUCCCGAUGGGCUGUUCACCAUUGACCAGUCCGGUGUACUCUCCGUGGCCCGGCUUCUGGAUCGGGAGAAGAUAUCGCAGCAUUAUCUGGUUGUCAUAGCAACUGAUCACGGGGUUCCACCUUUAAUAGGCAGCGCCACAGUCCAGCUGCCGUUAUUGGAUGUAAAUGAUAACGGACCAGAGUUUGAGGCAGCGUACUCCCCAGUAGUCUUUGAGAACGUGGCCGGACCACAGGUAGUAAGGUUGAACCAAACAUCGACCCUCCUCCGAGCUGUGGAUCGUGACUCUCCAGAGAAUGGCCCGCCCUUCCACUUCACCGUCCCCGCAGAGUAUCGCCACAGCAACGACUUCUACCUCCAGGACAACCUAAAUGGCACAGCGACACUCACAGCUCUGAGGACAUUUGACCGUGAGCGGCAGAAAGAGUUCCUCAUUCCCAUUGUUAUGAGCGACAGCGGCCAUCCAGCCAAAACGGUGACCAGCACCCUGACAGUGACCAUCGGCGACCAAAACGAUCAUGCGCAUGUGGCGGGGGAGAAGAAAAUUUUCAUCAAUAGUCACAGAGGCCGUAUGCCAACUACUGUGCUUGGAAAGGUCUACUCUCCUGACCCUGAUGACUGGGACAACAAGACGUUCGUCUUUGAAGGACACGUGCCAAGUUACUUUAUCCUGAACAAGAGAACGGGCUUCCUGAUCAUCAAAGAGAACGCCCCACCCGACAUCUAUCAGUUCCAGGUCCGUGUGUCCGAUGGCGUGUGGCCAGACGCCGUCUCUACUGUUUCCGUUCAUGUGAGGGAGCUGCGUGACGAAGCCAUCUACAACUCAGGGUCCCUCCGCCUGGCAGACAUCACAGCAAAGGAGUUCAUUGAACUGAGAGGAAAGCAGCGGAGCCGCUACGAGCUGCUGGUGGACUUCCUGUCUGAGAUGCUCUCCGUUCCACCCGACGAUGUGAACAUCUUCAGCCUCAUGGAUGUGAAGGAGCGAAUGCUGGAUGUUCGUUUUGCCGUACACGGCGGCCCCUCCUUCCUCCAACCGGAGAAAAUCCACGGUUAUCUGGCCGCACACAAACAAAAGCUGCAGUCGUUCCUGCAGGUCAGCGUGUUCCAGAUACGGGUGGAUGAGUGUCCUAGCUCAGAGUGUGCCGGGGCCGGCGGCUGCACCAACGUUUUGAACGUGAGGGACACACCCACGGUCGUGGAUUGCGGGACCAUGAGUCUUGUCUCAGUGACAGUGGAGUCCACAGCCGUGUGCUCCUGCCCAGGGAGAGAGCAGUCCCAUCAGCCCUGCACCGCACAUCCCAGAAACCCCUGCUUCAACGGCGGCGUGUGUGUGGACACUCAGCAUGGCUACAGGUGCCAAUGCCCAGCUCAGUUCGAAGGGCCUGAGUGCCAGCAGAACAAGCACAGUUUCCAUGGCAACGGCUAUGCCUGGUUUCCUCCCAUGAUGCCUUGUUUUGAGAGCCACGUGUCGCUGGAGUUCAUCACGGACGUGGCCGACGGACUGCUGCUUUACAGCGGGCCCUUGGCCCAGCUGCAGGCCUGGGACCACGAGGACUUCAUGGCCAUAGAGCUAAUAGAUGGGACCCCCACCUUGAAAAUCAACCAUGGCUCUGGCACAGUUGUGCAACAGUUGCCAGGCAACGUGAACGUGGCAGACAGGCGGUGGCAUCGGCUGGAUGUCCGCAGCAACAGCAAGGAAGUGCGUUUCACCCUGGAUCGCUGCUCGGGGGCGGCGGUGAUGGAAAUGGAAGGCCUGGGGAGCUGGUUGACCACCGAGGACCACUCCUCCUGCGAAGUGAUAGGCGUUACACCCAACGCCGACAGACACCUGAACAUGAGCCAGGUGCUCCAGCUGGGCGGUGUGAACGAGGACAUCCCCUACAUCUACCCUCAGCUUCAGCACAAGCACUUCACCGGCUGCAUCCGCAAUCUCAUCGUGGACAGCAAGCUGUAUGAUUUGGGCUCCCCGGCUGACUCGCAGUCCAGCUCUCCAGGCUGCCUGACCACCGACAGCAGCUGUGUCAACAUGGGCUAUCCGUCCUGUGGCCACCGGGGUCGCUGUCACGGCGAGUGGGGCUCCUUCAGCUGCCAGUGUGUGCCGGGAUACGCAGGACACCAGUGUGAAGAGGAGGCCCCAGAAUAUUCCUUUGAUGGCCACAGUCACGUGCAUUACCAGCUGGCGUCCCCGCUGCCAGCCCGGAGGACCUGGGUUCAGGUCCUGGUUCGAACCCGCAAACACAGCAGCACCAUCCUGAAUCUCAUCUCCAAGGAGCAGAGUGAAUACAUACGACUAGAGAUCUUCCAGGGUCUCCUCUGCGUUUUCUACAACCUUGGGGAUGGGGACUACAACCUGACCCUACCCACCUAUCGCCUCGACAACGGCGAAUGGCACGAGGUCUUCCUGGAUCGGCACGACAAUGAGAUGAUGCUGCGACUGGACGGCGGCGGGGAGCGGGAGGUCACGGGAUCGCGGGGCCGAAGCCGAGAGAUCAUCAUCGACCCCACUGUGGUGAUGCUGGGGAACACGUUCCCCUCUGGAAUCAACAAGAGCUUCCAGGGCUGCAUGAGGGACGUGCGCCUCAACGGUCGCUACAUGCCCCUGGACAGCCAGCCGCGAGAUGGGGUUUCCCAGGUCAGCAUACAAGGCCUCUCCCCCGGGUGCUCGUCUGACUCCUGCAAAAGGAACCAGUGCAGCGCCCCCUUCACCUGUGUUGACUUGUGGAGAGUGCACGAAUGCAGAUGUCCUCCUGGCCACAUGAUCCGUGUGAACGGGACGAGAAAGUCCUGUGUCUAUACCCUCUGUGCUACGCGGCCCUGUCACCGGGGGACCUGCGUGGCUCAGUCACCCUCCAAGUUCACCUGCCACUGCCCGGAGGGUUACAGAGGACGCCACUGCGAGACAACACUGGCCAUCUAUCGGGAGGAAGUGGGCCUGAGCUUCAGCUCCCUCUUUGCCAUCUGUAUCUGCUUCAUGGCCUUGCUAGUGCUGCUGCUGGGCAUUUUCCUCUACACUCGCUGGAGGAGCUACAAAGGGCUGAAGGAGGGCGUUUACCACGUCUCAGCCCACCACGACGGCUGGGAGGACAUCCGAGAGAACGUCCUCAACUAUGACGAGGAGGGCGGCGGGGAGGAGGACCAGAAUGCCUAUGACAUGGCAGAGCUGCAGAAGUCCCUCCAGCCGAGCCCGGCCCAGUCGGUCCAGUACUGCCGCUCCAGGGCCCUGCACCACCCUCCCCCACAACUCCACCACCACCACCAUCACCUGCUGCACCAGGGGGCCCAGCCCCCAGCCCAGCCGCUGGACCCCCUCAGCCGGACAUCCAGCUCCACCACCCUGCCCCCGGCCGCCUCCACCUCCUCCAACGCAACCACCACCACCACCGCCAGCCUCCGCAGGGAUGUGCCCCCCACCAGGCUCCCGGCCCAGGGCCAGGCCCGCCCCUCCCAGCUGGCUCGCCGCUCCCUGUCCUUCUCCAGCCAGGACCUGGCGCGCUACCUGUGCGAGAUCAUCCGCGACGCCGACCAGCACCCAGACACGGGGCCCUUCGACUCCCUGCAGGUGUUCUCCACCGAGGGAGGGGGCUCGCCCGCCGGCUCCCUCAGCUCCUUCAGCUCGGCGGGGCUUGACGGAGGGAGCGGCGGGGACGUGGGAGGGGUCGUCGGGGGGGGGAGGAGGGAGGAGACGCUCGGGGAGUGGGGGCCCCGCUUUGAGAAGCUGCGGGCCCUGUACGAGCGAGCCGAGGCCAGCGACCUCUGAGCUCAGAGGCGCGCGGACUGAACUGAAAGGACCCUGGCAACGGGCCGCCCCUGAAACAAUCAAUUAGCCGGACACUUAGCGACGACAGAGGCGGGUCACAGCAGUGAGACUGAGUGACAGAGAGAUCGCUACACACCCGUCACCCGCUGACAACUGACACUGAAAGCGUUUAUUUGUUGAUGAGCGCCGUCAAUCAACCCCGCGGCCCAACAGACAGAUGAAAGCGCGUUGCUCCGCGCUGCCUCUACCUUGGAUGACACUUGUGCAGGAGCAGACGUUAUCAAACCUGCCAGUCAGGUUAAAGGCUUUGGAAACGUCACUCCCUAGCAGGGCUACUCACCAUGAUGGAGCUUAGCUUCACUGUCAGAAAAAUCUGUUCCAGUCACAGCCACUAAAACCCCCAAAUUCUCCUCUAUUUUCUAACACUCAUUGUGGGCCGCUCUGGAUGAGUGUCAGCCGAAGGCCUCAAACGUGAAAUGAAAAUGUUUUAUACCUGAGCAGAUCAAUUCAACAUCAAACGUUUUUUAGCACCUUGCUGCCAGAUUGAAUCGAUGUAAAUAAAAAGGACUCUUGCGUAUAUUCCACUCUGCGCUGUCACAUGAUACGACAGUGAAGACGAGUGGGAUCAUACUGAGUAGCCCGUAUGAUACAGAGUUUUGAUUUUCAGUAUAUAUUGGACAUCGUCCGUGUUCUCGCUGCCUGGCUGUACACAGCUUCUGUCAAUGUUUGUAUGAGGAAAAAAAACAAAACGGUACUGGGUUGCAGGGUGAGAUAAUUAUUCCUUUUCUUCUGGUAACGUGUCCAUCUCUGGGUUGAGUAAUUCUGUAUUGGUUGGGUGUUUCAAGUUCCAAUGCUCCGUGGGUUGUACGACAUCAAGCUUUUUCUACUUGCUACUGCGCCCUUGUCUUCAUGUGAUUUCCUAUUCUCAUUUGCGCUCCUCCGCCGAGCGUUCCUCCUCACCCCGAGGGAGGGCGCACAAGAAAAAAAAAAUUCAAACAGCUUUGUAACAAAGAAACGGGAGCGGACGUGCGGACCGCGGGAGGGAGAGGAAAUACUUGCUCUGUUGCUCUGCUCUGGGUACGCUCCUCCUCAGGCAUACCAAAUGUGGCGUCUGCGACAGACCGUUUCAACAGACGGUGGCACAGUAGAAUACAAACCAUGUCAAACAACUUUCCAAGGUGACUACUCAAUCAAUGCAAAUGGACGGAGGAGGAAGAUGAGGGGACAUUGGUAAUGGUUAUUCGUAUAUAUUAUUCCGAGCUGUGAUACCUGUGCUGUACGCAAUUCACACGCACAUUUAUCCAUUGUCUCUUGCUAAAUUAUCACACACUCUUUGACUGUAGGAAAAAUGGACCCAAAACUGCCAGGAAAUAAUAAGUACGCAGGUUAUUAUCCAAGCUGUGAAUUGUCAGCACAGUGGUAAGUGCUCCUCUUGUUUGGCUACCUUUUCACAUCAGGUUGAUGGAUCUUUUUUUCCGUCCCCCCUCUCAACUCAACAAAAAUAGAUAAAUAAAAACUUCCUGCUGUUAUGGAACCGAUAAGAACAAUUUGUGUGAGAAGAAACAGAAGGGCAAAGGCCAAUAAUAAAGCAUCCGCUCUUUUCACCUUUGAUAAGAGAGAUGAUUACAGGGUGGAGGGUUGAAUCAGACAGCAAAAUGAGGAAGGGAGGCAGAGGGGGAACCAUCUUCAGCAUGCCUGGCUCUGUGAUGAAAUGUGACACCAGUGCACCGUGGAGCUCAGUCGCUCCGAAUAGGAGCUGUAGAGUUAUGGGGGAGAUGCUGGGAGCAAUGUUUUCCUGCUGAAACGGUUUGUUCCACAGCAAAUGGCAUAAAUAAUAAGCCACGUGUCCUAACCUCAUCCCUGCUAUUCUCUUAAAAGCCAACCUGGCUUCUCCAGGCGCCGUAUUCAGCAGGAAGUAGCAACGGCGCUCUAAUCGCACCUCUUUUUUAUUCUUCUCCUCCGCGCUGGCAGAGCUGAACCUGUCGGCAGAGAGCAGCUAAAGGGUAGGAGUGUGUGAAAACAUGUCAGGCCACUAAUCCUAAUAGGAGCUGAUGGCUCGCUGUCAUGCUGGAGAAAAAAAACAAACAAAGGAUUGUGGGGUG